CUGGUUAUUUCAUUUCAUAUCUCGGCACGAGAAGACUUUAGUGUUCAAGCAACCAUUAGUUGGUUAUUAUCAGAAAUAUUUGGAGUUCAAAACGUAUCAAUUGUGGCCGAAGAAGACAUACAAACCAUCUCAAAGGAUGAAUCAGCAAGCUUGCUGGAUAAUGUUGUGAACACUGUGAAUGAGUCUUUAGCUUUUGCAUCCAAGUAUGGUCUUCAAAGUCCAGAGACAACUCUAGGAUCAACUGAAAUUCUUGAGGCCAUUUCCCGUUGCAACUCAACUGGAGGCCCCAGUGGAAGACAUUGGGUACUUGAUCCUGUUGAUGGCACAUUAGGAUUUGUACGUGGGGAUCAGUAUGCUGUUGCUCUAGCUCUGAUUGAGGAUGGAAAAGUUGUUCUUGGAGUUCUUGGUUGUCCUAACUACCCAGUAAAGACAGAAUUGCUUAAUUAUCAUUCUUGGCAUCACCAAACAAUGGCGCAAUCGUCUCUAACAACUCCUGAUACUGGAGGAAAAGGAUGCGUAUUGUACGCAAAAAGCGGCAGUGGUGAGGCUUGGUUGCAGUCAUUGAUUGAUGGAGAGAAAAUGCUGGAAUGGCCAAAUCGUGCUAGACUUAUUCGUGUUUCUUCAAUUGAUGAUCCGGCAUUGGCAACUCUCUGUGAACCAGUGGAAAGGGCAAACUCAAACCAUUCAUUCACAGCUGGACUUGCUCACAGUGUGGGACUUAGAAAACAGCCCUUGCGUGUGCACAGCAUGGUAAAAUAUGCAGCAAUAGCACGGGGCGAUGCAGAGAUAUUCAUGAAAUUUGCCAAGUGUGGCUACAAGGAGAAGAUAUGGGAUCAUGCUGCUGGUGUUGUGAUUGUUGAAGAGGCUGGUGGUGUGGUAACUGAUGCUGGAGGGCGCCCUCUGGACUUUUCCAAGGGAAUGUACUUAGAAGGUCUUGACAGAGGUAUAAUUGCAUGCUCUGGUGUAACACUGCAUGAAAAAUUUAUAGGUGCUGUUUAUGCAAGCUGGGACUCCUCAAAUUUAUGAUCCUUCCUUUCUUCUAUCAAUGAGGCAAAUUUUGGUAGAGGCAAACUGCAACAUGUCUUUUUUUUUCAAUCCUUUUUUUCCUCUGUUUUUCACUCCAAAACAUUGUGAUGCAUGUUAGUAGACACAGUAGCUGGCUAAGUUUCCACUGAUAUAGCAUAUUAUAUUAAGCUGAUGACAUAUUUAUUCUUUGAAUUUAGCUCUUCUCUCAAAGGCAGGAGUAUACUUCAAAA